GACACGACACCACCUGCUACCACAACUCACUAUGGAACCAUAUCGCUCUUCGUCUCCUAGCAAAAGCAACAGGCCCAUUAUCUACGCUGGUAUAGGCGCUGUCGCGCUACUGUUCGUCAUUUACACAUUGUUUGGCGGACCUUCCUCGGUAGACGGACCAACAAUCCACAAGGCUGUAGUUGUCCUUGCAGGUGACUCGAAAGUGUCCGGCACAGUUACCUUCGAGCAGGCUAGCAAGACCGGACCAGUCACCGUCACAGGAGACCUCAAAGGCUUGGAUGCCACGGCCCAGCGUGGAUUCCACAUCCAUCAACUGGGUGAUGUGACAAACGGUUGUGCAUCUGCUGGGCCACAUUUCAAUCCGUUUGGCAAGAGUCAUGGUUCACCGAGCGACACGGAAAGACACAUUGGGGACUUGGGAAAUAUCGAGUCCGAUAGGUCAGGAAACGCCGAAUUUACCUUUGACGAUAGCGUGAUCACUUUAAACGGGCCCUUGAGUAUCGUGGGUCGUGCGGUGGUGGUGCAUGCGGGCACCGAUGAUCUUGGUCGAGGUGAUAACGACGAAUCUUUGAAAACGGGUAACGCGGGUGCACGGUCAGCGUGCGGUGUGAUCGGGGUUGUUGAAUUUGCAUGAGGGGGAGAUUGGUAUUCUCGUGAUAUGAUGUUUCGACUGACUUCAUACGGUGGCUUGUAUGAUUAUCGACAGGCCGCAGCUGGCCUUCUCAGUUAUUUCUCGUACUAGCCGUCUGAUGACGCUGGAGUCAAGGCGGAAAACGAAGUACUGGCGACCACAGGCUAAUACUGCGUAGCGGCAUGAAGCACUUCAAAGAGCGUACCUCAAGGUCUUCGGAUAACGAGUGAUUCCAUGGAGCAAGCGCCACUUCAUCGCGUCGCUGCCAACUACCUGCAGGUCUUGCAUGCAAAGGGGGACGUCAAAUUACUCAUGCAGCAUCUUCGGCGAAUGAGAGCUCUCAAAUCUGCGUCAGAAGCCUACCUUUCCGUUGUGUCGGUCUCCAGACGCGGGCAGCCUUAUGUCGUUCGUCGCC